UCCCUAGCAGCUUAAUGCCCAAGUCAGUAGUGUCACCUUAUCGCUUAAAGCAUUGAAUACUGGUUGCGCGCGGUGGCCCUUUAAGGGGGCAGGCCCCCUCCUCGCGUCAUCCCCAGCAACGGAAUCGACGGAGGGCAGAGCGAGGCAGCCUUCUUCCCCCAGUGAGGCAACGUCUCCCGCCCGUCCGCCCGACACGAUGGCGCAGCAGUUCGUGCAGACGAGAAUCCAAGGGGACAAGGUGGUGCUCUUCGUGAAGCCCACGUGCUCCUACUGCACUAUGGCCAGAGACGUUUUGUCCAAAUAUAAGUUCAAGCCGGGACAUCUGGAGUGCAUUGAUAUAAGUGGACGCAGCGACAUGGACAGCAUGCAGGACUAUUUCCUGGAACUCACCGGAGCCCGCACGGUCCCACGGGUGUUCAUCGGCGAGGAGUGCGUUGGAGGCGGCAGUGACGUGGCGGCGCUGCAUAAGAGUGGUAAACUGGAGGGCAUGCUGCAGUCUAUUGGAGCCCUGCAGUGACCUGCUCCAGACCUCCGGGCUUUUUGGCAUCCAGGUGGGGUCACAUGACUGUGCAGCGGGACUUGCGUAGUUUGCGGCGCCGCUGCUGGUACUCACUGAGCUCCUGCAGGUAGCCUCUGGAUGGCCAGCGUAGCCUCUCCACCUGCUCGCGCUCCUCCUCUGGAACACACAUAUACACAAUGAUAUAUAACUGUAAUCCUCUGCAAACACAACUAUGGGAUGUUUUGCUGAUAAAACCGUUACAGCAAGAUAUACUUUACUUGGCAAAUACUCACAGAUACACCGCCAACAAGGCUGAUAUAUCUGGUACAAUUUUGUUUACACCGACAAGCAACAGAAGACCAACUGUGAUCAAUCAUGUGCUGUGUCCUUGAUCUGGCCUUUGACUUCGCUUGUGCCCUUCAGUAACCGUCCAAUAACCUUAAAUAAGCCUUGCAUGUAUGAAUAAUGAUGACAAUAAAACGUGCUACUGCUAUUAACCAGG